AUGCUUGAAGCUCGGCUUGGCGAAUCGAGCUCAGCUCAGCGAUCAAAUCAUGCGGGCACCAAUCCGGAGGGCCUUUUGGUCAUGCUCGAGUCUCUCUCGCAUGGGAAACCGCAUAACCCCACUGACCUUUCCGAGAAGACGACUAUUGCUCCGCUCUACCAGCCCGGAAGGCCAGUCUUUCUCAUGCUUAUCCCAGACCGGGAUUCCAGCCAUCAGAUUGUGGACUUUGCUUUAACGAACCUGACUUGGAUCCAUUGUGCUAUUAGGACAAAGGUCUUUCAACGGGAACACGAGGUCUUUUGGGAAUCCAUAGAAAGGGGUAAUGAUUCUGCCUCCGUGAAUGAUCAUGGCUGGCUAUCAGUUUAUUUUAGUCUUUUAACUGUUGGGUUACUGUAUAUGGACCCGGAAGAGCGACCGAUCUUGCCCCGCCUCAGCGGUUUCGAGGAAAAUGCGGGCCAGUCAGAGAUAAACGGUGAAAGGGGCAGGCAUAUUGCUCGAAUGUGGUAUGAAGCCGCAAUGAAAGAGCUCGAGGCUUCGAACCCAUUGAGCAAGGCAAACUUAACUACAGUACAAGCAGCUGCGAUACUUACUUUGGCUCACAGUCAUUUCGGUCAGAUGGAACAAGAGUAUCUGCUCUUAGGCCUCGCAACAAAUACUGCCAGGGCACUGGAUAUGCAUCUCUUGGCCUCGGAAGACCGCUUUUCUCAGCGACUAGCAUCACAGGCCAAUUGGUCCACCCCCGAGGAUCGUCAGCUAGGGCGUCGUUUAUGGUGGACACUGGUCAUUUGCGACUGGCUCGGAAUGUUUACGCGCCCGUCUUCUAUUUCUCCUUCAAGCUUCAAUACAGCCUUGUCACCGCAACCAUGUGACAAUGAUGACCUCCUUCUGGAGAAUGCAUCCCUGGAAACUACAGAUAUACCGGCACUCCGAUAUCAUCUUACCAUGUCGCAGCUCGCUAGCGUCAUCUACAUUAACGUCAAGGCUCCGCGUGAUCUCAACACGGACCGAUUUACGGCGGUGCUCAAUCAGGUAGAGACCAUCGAAGAAUCGAUGGCCCGCCGAAAGAUACCACUAUCUGCCGACACUCCCACCUGGGUUGCAGCGCAGGAGUAUCUUAUUGGACACACAACUCAGUUGCUUUCAGUGACGAUAGCGCGAGCUUCUUUGGUACUUUGGCUCAUGGGACGACCAAACACAGAGCCAAUCAUCGAGAGAGGCUUGAAAAGCGCUUUAAAAAUAAUUCACAUGCGUCAACAGGCGGUCCCGCGUUUAUACCAGUGUCAUUGGAUAAUUUCGGCAGCUACGUUAGCUGCGGGUGUCUAUCUAGCCAUCCACCUCAUUUGUUUCAAAGACUCGACAGUUUCAAACCAGCUUACCGAGCGUCGAAGAUUAAUCCGUUACUGCAUCAGCGCUAUUCAAUACCCCAACUCCAGCACUCCCUUGGCGAUCCAAGGGUCGCAAAUGCUUGAAAUACUUCUGCAAAUAGAACUUCAUAGUCCUAGUGUUGCGUCAACUGAUAAGGGGACUGCGAUAAAUCUGUUGAAGAUGGCUUUCCAGAAUGAAGGGCCCUCAAUCGAUCCCAUUAAUGAAUAUGGGACCAUGCUGCCCACUGCCCUGGACUCAUCCGCGGAUGAGCUCGGUCUUCUUUGGCCAACCAUGAUGGGUGAAUUCAACUUGGAUGAGCUGCUUCCGGAUAUGGAUUGGGGGCAAAUGGACGGGCAAUGGUAUUCUUGA